GCGGCCGCCGCCGCGGGUUGCUGCCGCCUGCGCCGGCGGCUGCUAGGUCCCGCCCGCGGUCCCCUGCCCUCCCCGAGGAGGCACCAGGAGAAUACUGACUGGGUCUGCUGUGAGUGACCCGUGGGUAACGCAGUCCUGGAGGCACCAACUUCAAGGGUGGUAAUGUAACUGAGAGAAGUGAAGAAACCUGAGCCGGGACUGAACACACCAUGGGAGCAAACACCUCCAGCAAGUCACCACCCUUUGAUGAAAAUGAAGAUGUCACCUUCGACCAUUUUGAAAUUUUGCGAGCUAUUGGGAAGGGCAGCUUUGGAAAAGUCUGUGUUGUGCAAAAGAAUGACACCAAGAAGAUGUAUGCUAUGAAAUACAUGAAUAAACAAAAGUGCGUGGAGCGUAAUGAAGUGAGAAACGUUUUCAAGGAGCUGCAGAUUAUGCAGGGCCUGGAACACCCCUUCUUAGUUAAUUUAUGGUACUCAUUCCAGGAUGAAGAAGAUAUGUUUAUGGUUGUAGACCUGCUGCUUGGAGGGGACCUGCGUUACCAUCUCCAACAAAACGUGAGGUUCCAAGAAAGCACCGUGAAACUCUUCAUCUGUGAGCUGGUGCUUGCCCUUGACUAUCUCCAGAGCAGGCACAUCAUCCACAGAGACAUCAAGCCUGACAACAUUUUGCUGGAUGAGCAUGGACACGUGCACAUCACUGAUUUCAAUAUUGCCACGAUGCUGACUAAAGAAAUCCAAGUUACCACCAUUGCUGGCACGAAGCCGUACAUGGCACCUGAAAUGUUUAGCUCCACAAAACCCACUGGCUAUUCCUUUGCUGUGGACUGGUGGUCGUUGGGAAUCACUGCCUACGAGCUGCUUAGGACGCGGAGGCCGUAUCAUAUUCGCUCCAACACUUCCAUAAAUGAAAUUGCUCAUGUGUUCAAGACAGCUACAGUGAUGUACCCUGCUGCAUGGUCUGCAGAGAUGGUGUCACUGAUCAAAAAGUUGCUUGAGCCGAACCCCGACAAGCGUUUUUCUCAGCUGAAAGACAUCCAGGGCUUUCCCUAUCUGUCAGAUGUGAACUGGGAUGCCGUUCUCCAGAAAAGAAUAAUGCCAGAAUUCAUUCCUAUGAAAGGCAGACUGAACUGUGACCCAACCUUUGAACUGGAAGAAAUGAUCCUAGAAUCCAAACCUCUUCAUAAGAAAAAAAAGCGCUUGGCUAAGAAGGAGAAAGAUACCAGCAAAAGCAAUUCCUCCCAGUCCUGCCAUCUUCAAAAGCACCUGGAGAUGCUCCAAAGGGACUUCAUUGUUUUCAACAGAGAAAAGAUGAGACAUGGCCACGAGGACAUGCCAGAGACUGUAACACUGGCAAAAAGCAGAGGCGCACACAAGGACGACAACCAGAGCAGCAGCCUCUGAGAGUAGCUCAGCCUUUCCUGAAGCAGGCCUCGUGGGGCCAGUGCACACCCACCCACACACCUUCACAAUGCUGGGCCACUGGGCUCGGAUGCUGCUGCCAAGGCACUGCUGGUAGCCAUGGGUAGGGUGGCUGGGUGGGAGCUGGGGCACCCACUCUCUCUGCCUUCUCUUCCACAGCCAGCAGAUCCUUGGCUGUGCAGGGAGAGGCUGUGGGUGCUGCCUGUGCAAUUUGCUACAGUCGGGCUCAGGUCCUAUUUUGCUUUUGGCAGUAGGAAUAGGAUUGUGGGAAAAUGGGUGUGACACAGCAUUUUGGCUUGGCUGGCCAGCAUCAAUGGGCUCGGUGCUGAGUGCUGACAGCGUAACUGAGGCAUUAAGCAUCCUUCCUAGAGGCACCAUCACUAGUACCAGUCUUGGUGGCUGGUCUGUGACAGUGGUUCAGGCUCUGGGGAGGCUGGAACUCUGACAUUGGCUCCCAGCUGAGUGCUCCAGUGGAGGAGGCUGUGCCCAGCCACCUGGUCCCCACCAGAGCGUGACAACAAAGGCAGCCUUUGCUCACAGACACCUCCUGUGAACAUCCCACGCCCCCUUCUUCUUUAGCUGGAAGAAGGCAGCAAAGGUUUCUCCCCUCUUUCCAUGCUCAUUCCUGUACCCCUUUGUCUGAGCACAGGACUAGUAUGGUGGCUGGUCAAAGCAUGCAGACAGAUGUGGAAAUGAAGAAGUAACAGCUAUGCACUGGUGAAUAACUGGCAUCCAGAUACUUCUCCGGGCCAGCCUGAAAAAACACAUUCACCAUCACAUUAAACUACUGCAACUCACUGAAUCUGGUGGAGUUUGGCUUCCAACACCAGACGUAAACCUGAAUGUGUAUUUUUAAUCUCUAUACCAUUGAAAUAACUCUUGAUUUAAGCAGCUAUUGUUUGCAGGAACAGCUGUACUCCUGGUGCAGUCUUUGCCAAGACUGAGAUUGGCUAAAGCAUUUAUUGUGGUAAUGCUGGGAAUGAUGCUAUUAUUUAAAUGCUUUGGCAGACCUGAGGUUUCACCUCCUUAGCUGACAUUUUUCCUGUUCUCAGCAAUAUAAUGAAUGCAUGAUGAACCAUUUGCCUCCCUUUUUUCCAAAGAUGUUCUUUGUAUCCCCUGUGCCUUCCUAUCUUUCUCUGGCUAACUCUGAUCAACUAAAAACGAUCUGAAUAAACCCAACAGCAAAUGAAA